UAUGUUUCAAUGUACAUUACGUUAUAUUCAAAUUGGAAGUUAAAUUUUUGAUUAUUUUUGACCAUUGAAAUUACAAAAAUAACAUGAAUGGUCAAUGUUCCAUUUGCUGUGCAAUUUUUCAAUCUUCUGACGAAUUAUGUUCACCCCUUUGUGGACAUGUGUUUCAUUUUUCGUGUCUUUUUCAGUGGCUUGAAAGAUCAAAAACAUGUCCACAGUGCCGGCAAAAAACCAACUGCAGCCAAGUACAUCGUCUUUAUAUCCAAACUGGCAAGAAUUUAACCCAAAGUGAAGAUUCAGCAGUACUUCAAGAAAGGCUGGAUAACCUGGAGUUUAAGAUGAAAUUGAAGGAGACUGAUCUUAAUCAUUAUAAAAAUGAAUCACAGAAAUUGAAAAAACAAGCUGUAGAAUUGAGAAAAGAGGUACAUAAAUUAGAAUCUGAAAUAAAUUUAAGAAAAAAUCAUAUAGCAGCACUACAAGAGCAGAAUAAAUAUCUAAAAGAUAUUAGUGUUGAGAAUGAAACAUUAAAAAAUGAUAACUCACGGCUUAAGAAACAAUUAAAAGACAUAGAAGAUGUAAAAAAUAUUUUAACAGCAAGCAACGAUGAAGUUAACGAAAUGAUUGACUCAACAAAUGAUCGUCGCAAAUUAGGGGUAUACAUCAGUGUUCUUAAACGUGAAUUGACAUUGGCUAAUUCAAUACGAAAAGAGUAUCGUGAUAAAAUAAAACAAUUAAAGAGUCAAUUAAAUAAGUAUGAAACAGAAAAAGUAGCUGGUUUAAUAGAGCAAGAAAAUCCAAAUAAACAUAAAGAAAUUGAAAUCCCAAUAGUGAAUCUUGAUGAUCCAAUUGAAUUGAAUGAAAAUACCUCUUCAACUCAUUUGAAGGUUCACAAUCUUCGUGAUAAAGAAAAAAGAAAAUUAACUGUACAGCAAAAUUCAUCAGUUAAUCUUCCAGAGAAUUCUAUUCUAGCAAAGAAACGUCGUCUCCUUCGUGAACCAUUGACAAGUAAAUUAACAAAUACGGAAUCCUCCUACAAAGCCAAUGGUCUCGGAGGCUUUUCAAAAAUUGAGCACUUUCCAAUAGCUACAGGUAAAGUUAAAAAAUAAUCAGAAACUUCCAAAGAUUUUUUA